CGAUCUCCGAGAGAUGGCCAAGAAAGCAGCAUGGAGCAUUAGCUCCUGCAAGCCCGGCAACGGCGUCCUCUUCCUCCGCGUCGACAACCUCGACACCUACUGGCAUCGCAGAUCAGACGGAGCACAACCCCACUUGGUUAACAUCCAGUUCCAGAAGAAGGUUAAGCUGCAAGAUGCUCUCCUUACUGAGUCUGUAAAGAAGCACAACGGCAAAAAUUGGAAGAGCAUAGAGCUUUUCAAAAAUCGGACAGAUGUUCAGUGCCUCCAUCGAUGGCAGAAAGUUCUUGAUCCAGAGCUAGUUAAAGGAGCUUGGACAAAGGAGGAAGAUGACCUCAUUCUUAGCCAAGUUAAACUUCAUGGAACUAAAAAUUGGUCGGUCAUUGCAAAGUCUUUGCCUGGUCGCAUAGGCAAGCAAUGUAGAGAGAGGUGUUACAAUCACUUGAACCCUGCAAUUAAGAAGGAUGUAUGGACAAAGGAUGAAGAAAAGGUUCGAAUUUGGGACCAUAAUAUGUAUGGCAAUAGAUAGGCAGAAAUAGCCAUUUGGGCCCAUAAUAUGUAUGACAAUAGAUAGGCAGAAAUAGCCAAGCACAUACCUGGAAGGUUGUUUCGUCAGUUGCCAUCGGUUUCACUGCAUAUGAUAUGAUGAAGUCUCUUCUACAUGUACCCCCACGAGAAAAGACCCGUACAGUUUCUUCAUGAUUUUCUUGAUCAGCAAGAUGUUAACCAAACUAAUUUUAGCCUUCAACUGUGCUACUAACACUUCUACUUCCAGUGCUCAAGGUUUAUCACAGGAGAAUCUUGUUAGGAUAUUUGCAGACUUGAGGCUUUUCAGGUUUGUUCCAAGAGGACAUUCUUCGAGGAAUUUCUUCUUUUCCUUGACUUCAUUGAUUAUGUUGGACAUUUUAGAUAUUAGAGACAAAUAUAUAAUAUUAGAUACUUUUUAUUGUGAGAUAUUGAGUAAUCAUUGUGUAUGUAUAUGUUUUGACUCUAAUAUUGUAUAUUGAGUAAACAUUGUGUAUGAAUAUAUAACAUUGGAUAUUUAGCAAAGUUUGAGAA